CUCUAUUCCAUAUGGGAUGUCCUCCUCCCUGCUCAUCCUCUUGUGCACCGCGGUCAUCUUCGUCUACAUCGCCAUCAUCGCUAUCACCGUCCUCUCCACAGUCGCCCACAAGCUUCUCACCCGCCAGAUCCCACAUAAUGCACCACCUGAGGUUCGUGACAACUACCCAGUAAUUGGCCCAUGGGGAUUUUGGAAGCGAAGGUGGGACUGGUAUAAGGAAUGUAUAUCUCAAUCAGAGACAGGCAAUUUCUCCUUCCAUGCAGGGCCUAACAUGGUCAUCGGAUUAUCGGGUGACACGGCACGAAAAAUGUUUUUCGAAUCGAGACAGCUACGUCUGGCCGAAGGCUACGCUGACAUCGAUGGCGCACCAACCAGCGCAGAGAAGUUACACAAUAGUCAGGAAACGGAUGAAGGCAUAGACAAGUGGUUUGCCUCUCGCCUCUCGCAACUAUUGAAAGGACAGUAUCUCCAAAACAAGCUACCUGACCUCAAGUCCAAGAUUAAUGAGUCUAUUGACACUAUUCAAAAAGAGCCCAGCGGAAUAAUCGACGCCUUUGAUAGCAUGGCAUGCGCCAUUUAUAAGUUGACUAUGGGCACAUUUGGCCCAAAUGAGCUCCUCAGCGAUCCAAAAAAGCUUAAACAGACGCAGAGCAUGUUUGAGAGCAUAGUCGUUCCCGCGAGUCCCAUGUCCAUCCUGUUCCCCAAGCUUCCAUCGCUUGGUGCCUUGAAAAAGUUGUACACUAGUGCAUGCCUAUUCUUCAUGCUCCAGAGCAUGAUCAAGAAGCGUGUUACGAGCGACAAGAAGCCCUACGACGCGAUGCAAGUUAUGCUUGACCAAGGCCACAGCAUCUUUAAAAUCACUCUCUUCGUCUUCGGCGCAGUCUUUGCAGGCAUGGUCAACUCUACCGUCAAUUCUGGAUGGCUCAUUUCCUACUUGGCAGCUGCCCCAGAGUGGCAGGACAAGGUACGGCAAGAAGUACGCAAGGUAGCAGCCAAGUACGCCCGGGAUACCACUGCUCCUCUACGCCAACAGCUCGAUGACAUUCCGAUAGAAGCAUGGGAAUCAGAGUUUCCUCUCAUUAAUGCGUGCUUGCGUGACUUGAUUCGCCUGCAUAUAAUCACUGUCUACUUCCGGAAGAACAUGACCAGUGAUGACAUCCCGCUUGGUAACGGCAAGGAGGUCAUCCCUGGCGGCGCCGUCGUCGCAUAUCCUUCGUACGACAUCCACCUCAAUCCCGAAGUCUACACCAACCCAUACGAAUGGGAUCCAUCAAGGUAUAUGCCAGAGCGUGCCGAGGACACAAAGAGGCCGCAUGGCUACGUGGGCUGGGGAUCCGGAAUGCAUCCAUGCCUCGGCAUGCGCUUCGCCACUCUAGAAAUAACAAUGGUCACAGCGUACUUUGUCGCUUCGUUCGACUUUCAGCUUGUUGACAAGAACGGCAACCGUCUGUUCAAGGUGCCUGACGACGACUUCAAUAGAAAACAAGUCCAAGCCCCCAAGAUUCCACCGUAUGUAAAGUUCACAUCGAGAGAGAAAUAGGUGGGACCCGGAACACACGG